AUGGGAGAACACCACCUCCCGCCGGAGCCAGCCGACCACCACAAAGGCGGGAAGGCCAUCCACGCCGAUGACCUGAAGCCCGCCCGCGGCCGCCGCUACAGCUACUACGGCAGCACGGGCUCCCGCGGGGCCCUGAGCACCAUCUGCUCCGUCCUUCUGCUUCUAAUCCUCCUCGCCGGCGUCAUCGCGCUCGUGCUCUACCUCGUGUACCGCCCCAACAGCCCGGCCUUCACCGUCACCAACAUCGCCGUCUACUCGCUCUCCAACGUCACCGGCCCCUCCGCGGGCCUGCCGGCCGCGGGUGCCCGGGCGCCGAACGCCGUGGCGGCGUCGUUCCAGUGCGCCCUCGUCAUCCGCAACCCCAGCGGGCGGUCGUCCGCGCGGUACGACCGGCUGACGGCGUACGUGGUGUACCGCGGGGAGGCCAUCACGGCGCCGGCGGAGAUGCCGCCGCUGGUGCAGGACCCGGACAGCGCGGUGGUGGUGGCGCCCGUGAUCGGGGGCGGCGGGGCGGCCCCUGUGCCCGUGUCGCCGGAGACCGCGGCGGCCCUGGCCAACGACGUGUCCUACGGCGUGGUGUCGCUGCGGGUGGUGCUGCUCGGCCGCGUGCGGUUCGUGUCCGGGCCGUUCCGGACCGGGUGGCGCUCCAUGUACGCGCGCUGCGACCUGCUCGUCGGCGUCCGGAAGGCCCCGGGCAGCGUCGGCGCCGCCGGUGUCCCCGAGGCGCCGCUGUUCGGUAACCCCUCCUGCAACGUCGAUGUGUGA